AUGGCAGGGACGCAAACCGGAAUCCUCCCGGACGAGCUUCAACUCGCGACCGCCAAACAUGUCAAGUACAUACAGAGUCUGGAUACGAGGAAAGACGAAUACGACUACUGGCUGACCGAACACCUUCGCCUGAACGGACUCUACUGGGGUCUGACUGCUCUUUACCUGCUCCGACAUCCCGACGCCCUUCCUCGCGCCGAGACCAUCGAUUUCGUCCUUUCGUGCCAACAUGAGAACGGGGGCUUUGGCGCUGCGCCUGGCCACGACGCCCACAUGCUCUACACCGUCAGUGCCGUACAGCUCCUUGCCUUGGUUGAUGCAUUCGACGAUCUCGAGAACCGUGGCAAGGGCAAGGGCAAGGCGCAGGUGGCUAAAUUCAUAGCAGACCUCCAGGAUCGAGAAACGGGCACCUUCGCUGGCGACGAGUGGGGCGAAGAAGACACCCGUUUCCUCUAUGGAGCGCUGAACGCGCUCUCGCUCCUCGGUAUGACGCAUCUCGUCGAUGUCGACAAGGCGGUCGAGCACAUUGCUGCCUGCGCCAACUUCGACGGGGGCUAUGGUGUCAGUCCUGGCGCCGAGUCACAUUCCGGCCAGAUUUUUACUUGCGUAGCGGCGCUUACCAUUGCGGGACGGAAAGACCUGAUCGAUGUUGACAAGCUGGCUGGGUGGCUGAGCGAGCGGCAGCUUCCCAACGGUGGCCUCAACGGCAGGCCAGAGAAGGACGAAGACGUCUGCUACAGCUGGUGGGUGCUGAGUAGUCUUGAUAUGAUCGGUCGGACACACUGGAUCAAUCGGGAGAAGCUCAUCGGCUUCAUCCUGAGGUGUCAGGAUACCCAAGAUGGCGGCCUCUCGGACAGACCUGGUAACAUGGUCGACGUCUGGCACACUCUAUUCGGACUUACUGGCCUGAGUCUUCUGGGAUAUCCUGGCCUCGAUGCCAUCGAUCCUGUAUACUGCCUCCCGAGGUCUACGACAGAGCGCGUCCUGGGCAAGUCAACGUAA